AUGAAAUUCAUUUAAAUGGCAGAUAUCUUUGGAGUUCCAUACAAACAACAGAUCACUUUAAAUGAGAAAGUUUAAAAGUCUUUUCUUGGUGGAAUAAGUUCAUUGAUCUUAAUCUUGGUAGGUUUUGCUUACUUAAUCUAUGUGAUAAACCAAUGGAUUAGCAAUGAAAUACUUCCAAAAUCAACUAGCACAAUGAAGGUUGAUAAUUAUUCUGAAAUUUUAUUUGAUAAUGAAUAGCUUUUUGAAUUUUGUUAUUGGAAAUACGAAUAAUCUUAAGUGGAUCCUUUUAGAAUGAAACGUAACAUCUUAACUCCAAUAGGAAUCUAUUUUAUAGAUGGAAUUCCCUAAAAACCUUUUUCUUUGUUAACAGAAAAUUAAAAACAAUCUGCAUACAAUACUACUCUGAUGAGUCUAGAUAAUUUAUAAUUAAUUUAAAAUAGUAAUUUCAAUAGAGAGUUGAAUGCUACAAAGGAAUUAAUGAUUGUUAUAGCAUCUUGUAAUGAAACAAUAUUGAAUGAAGGUUAUGAAUGUGCAUCGGAGGAGGAGAUUAAGGAUUUCUUUAACUCUUCAGUUAAUUACAUAAGUUUUUGGUUGAAUUUGAAAUAAUAUGAUCCAAAUAGUCAAUAAUUUGAAGUAGUGAAGAAACAAUAUUAUAUGUCUUUUGAUUAUGAGAUAGCUUAAUAAGGUUAAUUGAUUCUAACAUAAACAAAAGCAACAAUUGAUACAGGAAUAAUAUUUGGAAAAUUUGCUUCAAAGGGUUAUGUUUACAAUGCAUAACUUGUGACUAGUGCAACAUCGAAAAACUUUUGGUAAACACUAUUGGUUUAAUAAUCAUAUUUUAAUUUAUUUAUAAGAUUGGAUCCAAUGUCAUAUGACACAUAAAUAGUUUAUCCAAAAUUAGGUGAAAUAUUAGCUUAAGUUGGAUCCAUUAUAAAUAUGUUAAUGAUAAUUUAAUAUGCAAUAUAUCAUUAUAAUGAACGUAUAUUGGAUUGUGAUUUUAUUGACAAAGUUUUAAAGUUUUAUUUCUUUGAUUAUGCUGAUUUGAAGAAAUCAAAGAAUAAGAAAGAUCAAGAAGCUUGUUAAGAGUUGAUGUAAUAAGCACGGAAGAAGUUAGUUUAUACAAAUGUUAUUUAUGAAUUGUCAAGAAUAUAGCUAUUUUUAUUGAAUCAUUUUGGUAGGAAUCUUUUAGAAUAAACUCAUAAUCUUAGUUUAUCUGCUAAAGGGGAAUUCAAACCAAAUUGUGAAUUAUAUGAUAAAUUCAUUACAAUAUAGAAGAAUGAUAUUUAGUAAAAUAAUAUUCAAUUUGAUAAAGCAGAUUUCAAUCUACUAUGUAGAGCAAAAUCGAAAACCUUGAUUGUAGGGAACAAUAAUAAUAGUAAUAAUAAUAAUAAUAAUAUUAAUAAUAAUAUUAAUGGAGAUUCUGGAGCAAUGGAUAGAGUAUUUUUAGAUGUGAAAAGCUCUUCAUUGAAAUCAAUUUAAACAUGA